ACGACCGUCCUCUCCUCUCCUCUCCGUCUCUUCCUCCCCACGCUGCCCUCGCUUUCCAGCCACGCAACGAUCCACGGCCUCGCUCCCCCGCGCCUCCGCCGCCGUCCUCGCUCGCCCCGCCGACUCCGGCCGGCUCCGCGGAUCGGACAGGCUUGCAAGCAUGUAUAUUCGAGUCAAGCGGAACAAGACUACCUACUUCAUACAGUGUGAUCCAACAGAGACAAUUUUGAAUAUCAAGCAGAAGCUGCAGUCAAUAACAGACCACCCUCCUAAUAACCAGAGGUUGAUCUUGUUGGCUACCAACAAUAUAUUGGAUGACUCCAAGACGCUUGCUGAUCAAAAGGUUGAGAAUGACGCCGUCGUUGCAUUGGCAUUGAGAAAAGACAACGAGUUCGAGGAGGUGUCCAUCGCCGACCCAAGCGAUUACAUGGCGUCCUCAUGAGGCCGGCCGGUCCGUCGCCGUCCCUCCUACCCAAUCCAUGCAAGGACACUGGUGGCUUCCGUGAAGCAGAUCAUGUUACUUGCUUGCUCUAGCCUCUAGCCUAUAGGAUGUUGCUCACUUGUGUGAUUGUGUCCUUGCUAUUAAAGACCCUAAACAACCGUUGCGGAUGGCAUUUAGUUUGGAUUUGGACCCUCCAGCCGAUACGUGUGAUGUGUGAUCUCACCACCCACCGGGGCGUGUCCUGGUGCUCCGACCUACCCGUCUUUUGUACCGGCGCGUGAAUGAGCACGGACAUGGGUGGCGAGAUCCGUUGGUGGUGACCGGUGAUUGGGAUCCCACCACCUAAUGCUGCGUGUCAUGCAGGUCCUGUUGUGUUUGCCAGUUGGUGUGUGCUGCUAGGGACUAUAUUGUCGGUCUGCUUGUGGGAAUUCCAGCUGGUUCGUGUCGAAGGUUAUUCUUAUUCUUGCCGUUGCUGUUUAUGCGGA